AUGCAUCUCCAACCUCUCCCCUCCACGCUCCUCAACAGCCAACCCCCAGGUCUCUCCCUCGGCUCCACCCUCAACGUGACCGUCCUCGGCGCACGCGACAAUCGCUCCACGUUAGAAUGCUGGGCUCUGUCGUCGGGUUUUGAAACCUCCAAUACACCCGGCACCGCGGGGGCUGCGGCGCUGGAUCUAGGUGGUGUUGGUCGGAACGCGUCGUAUACGGUUUUACCAGCUGGUUUUGAUGGGGGGUUGCAUAAUGCACCGGCUUUGCAAUGGGUGGUCUACCUCUCUGGCCUGGCGCAUAUCACCCUGCCCAACUCGACGACCGAGGCUUGGAUAGAAGGUGGCAAGAACGGUGCCAUUCUGGCUCUUGAUACGGCUGAUGUCAGUGCCUUGGGUCACUUCACUACGUACCCCUCGCAGGAGUCGACGACAGCCUUGCUGAUACCCCUCGGGGGGAAAGGGGUGCCUGAUCAUCAGGUGUUGCAUGGGGGUCCAUGUUCGGGGGAGGAGUUGUUGGUGUAG